GCCCCGCCGCCCGCCAUGGCGACAGCGACCCCCAUGCCGCCGCGGACCGGCGGCCGCGCCAGCGCCCCCGCUACGCCACUGAGCCCCACGCGGCUGUCGCGGCUGCAGGAGAAGGAGGAGCUGCGCGAGCUCAAUGAUCGGCUGGCCGUGUACAUUGACAAGGUGCGCAGCCUGGAGACGGAGAACAGCGCGCUGCAGCUGCAGGUGACCGAGCGUGAGGAGGUGCGCGGCCGCGAGCUCACCGGCCUCAAGGCGCUCUACGAGACGGAGCUGGCUGACGCCCGACGCGCGCUCGACGACACGGCCCGCGAGCGCGCCAAGCUGCAAAUCGAACUGGGCAAGUUCAAGGCCGAACACGACCAGCUGCUCCUGAAUUAUGCUAAGAAAGAAUCUGAUCUUAACGGAGCCCAGAUCAAGCUUCGAGAAUAUGAAGCAGCACUGAAUUCUAAAGAUGCAGCUCUGGCUACUGCACUUGGUGACAAAAAAAGUUUAGAGGGAGAUUUGGAAGAUCUGAAGGAUCAGAUCGCCCAGUUGGAAGCCUCCUUAUCUGCUGCCAAAAAACAAUUAGCUGAUGAAACCUUACUUAAAGUGGAUUUGGAGAACCGCUGUCAGAGCCUUACUGAGGACUUGGAGUUUCGUAAAAACAUGUAUGAAGAGGAGAUUAAUGAGACCAGACGGAAGCAUGAAACUCGCUUGGUAGAGGUGGAUUCUGGGCGUCAGAUUGAGUACGAGUAUAAGCUGGCUCAGGCCCUUCAUGAGAUGAGAGAGCAGCAUGAUGCCCAAGUGAAGCUGUACAAGGAAGAGCUUGAGCAGACUUAUCACGCCAAACUUGAGAAUGCCAGGCUGUCCUCAGAGAUGAAUACUUCCUCUGUCAACAGUGCCAGGGAAGAACUGAUGGAAAGCCGUAUGAGAAUCGAGAGCCUCUCAUCUCAGCUUUCUAAUCUACAGAAGGAGUCUAGAGCAUGUUUGGAAAGGAUUCAAGAAUUAGAAGACUUGCUUGCUAAAGAGAGAGACAACUCUCGUCGCAUGCUGUCUGACAAAGAGAGAGAAAUGGCGGAAAUAAGAGAUCAGAUGCAGCAGCAGCUGAAUGAUUACGAACAACUCCUUGAUGUAAAAUUAGCUCUGGACAUGGAAAUCAGUGCUUACAGGAAACUCUUAGAAGGCGAAGAAGAGCGGUUGAAACUCUCUCCAAGCCCUUCUUCUCGUGUGACAGUAUCACGAGCCUCCUCAAGUCGCAGUGUUCGUACAACUAGAGGAAAGCGGAAGAGAGUCGACGUCGAAGAAUCUGAGGCAAGCAGUAGUGUUAGCAUCUCUCAUUCCGCCUCAGCCACUGGCAAUAUUUGCAUUGAAGAGAUAGAUGUUGAUGGGAAAUUUAUCCGCUUGAAGAACACUUCUGAACAGGAUCAACCAAUGGGAGGCUGGGAGAUGAUCAGAAAAAUAGGAGACACAUCAGUCACUUACAAAUAUACCUCAAGAUACGUGCUGAAGGCAGGCCAGACUGUUACAAUCUGGGCUGCAAAUGCUGGUGUCACAGCCAGUCCUCCCACCGACCUCAUCUGGAAAAACCAGAACUCUUGGGGCACUGGCGAAGAUGUGAAGGUUAUAUUGAAAAAUUCUCAGGGAGAGGAGGUUGCUCAAAGAAGUACAGUCUUUAAAACAACCAUACCUGAAGAGGAAGAAGAGGAGGAAGAAGCACCUGAAGCAGUUGUAGAGGAAGAACUUUUUCACCAGCAGGGAACCCCAAGAGCAUCCAACAGAAGCUGUGCAAUUAUGUAAACUUCUCAAGUCAACUGUCUUCCUCAAAAUAAAGUAUGGUAAUCCUUACCUACAUACAGUGCAGAGCCUUCUCGAAGCACAGAAUAUUUUUAUAUUUCUUUAUGUGAAUUUUUAAGCUGCGAAAUCUGAUGGCCUUAAUUUCCUUUUUUGACACUGAAAGUUUUGUAAAACAAAUCAUAUCCAUAUACUUUGUUGCAAGAUGUGAAUUAUUGACACUGAACUAACUGUGUACUGUUGUUUGGAAAGGGUCCCUCCAAUUUUUUUUGACAUUUUUUGUAUGUGUGUGUGUGUGUGUUUUUUAAGUUCUUAUGCAGGAUGGGGGCGGGGGGGGCAGGGAGGGUGGGAAUAAACCACUGUGUGUCUGGGUUAAUUUGAAGAUUGCUCCAUCUAGAUAAGCAAUCUGCUCUUGAUUAUUCUCUGCUAUAUAACGGUGCUGUGAGGGAGGGGAAAGCAGUUUUCAAUAUAUUGAAUUUUGUACUGAAUUUUUUUGUAAUAAGCAAUCAAGGUUACAAAAUUUUUUUUAAAUAGAAAAGAGAAAUUUUGUAAGAAGGCAAUAUUAACCUAAUCAUCAUGUAAGCAACUCUGGAUGAAGGAUUCCACAAAACUUUGUUUUAUGGUUACUUCUCUUAGAUUCUUAAUUCACAAGGGGAACAGGGAGGGUGGUGUGGGCGGAGGGAAGGGCUUCUCUAUUAAAACGCAUUAGUUGUGUUUUUUAAGAUAGUUUAACUUGCUUAUUUCUUAUGUGACAUUAACAAAUAAAAAGCUGUUUUAAUAUUAAUCUACUGUCUUUUUUAAUCCUUUUUAAAAAGAACAGGGGCUUUGAGGGGAGAAAAAUAUUAUUUGGGUUUGGUUUUUAAUAAUUUGGCUUCCUGUUUGAACUGGGUUUUUCAUCAAGGCUUUGACUAUGAGCAAGAUAAAUGGACAAAAAAGCAGUUUUGGGAUCUCUUUUAUUCUUUUUAGUGCUAUAUUGUCAUUAAGAAUAAUGGUAAUAACAAUAAAAACAAUAAUAAUAGCUAAUAUUUAUUGAGCCAUGCAUUGUGCUCUGUACGUGAUAUUUUUUAGCUCAUUAGUAAUAAGGCUCUUCAAAACCUCUUUUAAGUUGGAAAGCAAAAUGGGAACAUAAGAGACAGUGGGAGAAGACAAUGAGGAAGACAUUCCUUUUAAAGGAGAAAAUGAAGACAGUAUUUCUAUAAUCUAGUCUUACUGUCUUUUAUAAUAGGGAGUGGGGAAAUGGAUUCAUUAAAAGCUAAACUCUUAGAGAGUUAACGGAAUAAAAUGAAAUACAGGUUUGGAGUAGCUUUAUUAUGUAUGGUGAUAAUUAGGUGUGGUUUGUCGGGGGUCUUGGGGAAUUUUUGUCUUGUGAUUGCAUUAGUUAAGUGAGUUCAUCUUGCAGAAAGUGGUUACCUGAACCAUACCUGGGAUGAACAGAUGAUAAUAUUUCAGAAGCUAGCCCAGAGUCAGUGUUUGCUUUUCUCUUAAAAUAUUCCUGCAGUAAGCAGCGCAAAGACUUCCAGCUUUCACUUGAAAAUAACUCACAAAGCCCCAGAAUUACCGUGUUCCACAGAUUUACUGCAUAGUCUGGUGCCGUUGCAGACACAAGAUAAAUACUGGGUUAGAAAUUCUGUCUGGUGAAGCAGAUAAAAUGAUAUCUUCUUGACGUGGAUUUAUCUUCAGAGUGAGAAUGCCACUGUAUGGCCAAACUUGGUUGCGAAACAUUUUGCCACAAGAUGGGGUUCUUGUCAUCAAAAUACAUUCUGGGUACUUUAUUGGUGGAUGAAUUGGGUAGUAAAAAUCAACACUUUUAAUUGGCAUUAAGAAAAAUUAACAGCUGCAAUAUAGCUGGUGAAAUUUAGAGUAAAAAUCUAGGGCUCACUUUACAUAAACAGUUUAAUGUCCCUGGAUGUGUGGCCAUAGAUAGAGUCUAAUGAAGCUGACAGAUUUUGGAAUAAGUUAAGGUUUUCUGAAAUUGAGCUGAACUCUUUACCACAGGACAGAGUGUCAGGGGCCACUGGGUAGCGUUUUCUGCUCGCUCUGAAAUCUAAUAGUUUUUUGUGUGCAUUAAUGUAUCUGCAUCAAUGGAAGACAUGGAUAUAACAUAAGUAUAUUUCUGAAUUAUUUAAAUAUUUUAUAACAAGUAUGAAUUCCCCUCAUGAGUUCAUUGUUUUAUCUUUGAUAAUUAUGAUUCCAUCUCGAUGUUUAGAUAUGGAUGUAUUUUUAUUCCUCUUGUUCAGCUAUUAAUGUUCUUCAUUAAAAGGAUUCUGGAUGUUCUUUGUUGACUAGCUUACCCCUGUUCUCUGUUCUUCCCUUCUGGGAUUUCAGUUAGGCUUAUAUUGAAUCUAUCCUCUUUCAGAUUUUUUUUUAAUACUUCUCUUUAACUUCUUUGUGUUUAUCUCACUAAUUUUGUUCUCAGCUCUGUCUAAUCUGUAGUUUAUUCCAUUUCUAAUUUCAUGGACUGUACUUUUUAUUUCUGAAGUUGUCUUUGACUUCUCUUUUUAAAUUUAACUGUUCUUUUUUCAUACUUUUUAAAAUUUCAUCAUAGUGUCUAUUCUUUUAAAAUCAUUUUAGUCAUUUAUUUUAUAGUCUCUAUUUUCUUCAGUUCGUGUAGUGCUAAUUUUUAUAUAAGCUGCAUCUGUUAACUCUCCCUGACGGUGGUUUGCUUCCCCAUGGGGUUUUCAGGCAAGUGAACUUACCCUCAGCAAGGGUGGUUUGUUCUGUGACUGGGCUGUGUCCCACAGUUUUGCUGGUGCUGCUACAGAGUAAUUUGAGGCUUGUCUGUGCAAGGGCCCCAGUGAUGCCAGGGUUUGGAACCAAUCUUUUUUUCCUCCUCACCUUGUAGUAUAAAUCUGUUACAAGACUUGUGCACGGGUGUUUGUUUUUCAACAUGCUGCCCCAAAGCCCGAGCUGAAGUUUGUGCCUGGGCUGGCUGGCAGUGUUCUGGUGUAUGGGGAUUCGAGGAGCGCUUUGAGGGUCUGUGCCUUAUGUGGCAGUGUCGGUUCUACGUCCUCUUUCUUGCGUGGACUCAAAGCCAAUUUGCCUGUCCUCAGCUCCCAUCCCUAAGGCUGGUAUUUCAGACUUCAACUCCUUUAUGUUCCUUUACGGCACCUGGGCAUUUCCUGUUCUUUCUUUUAAGCUUGGCUCUAUAUUACAACAAAAAUUUAGUAAUAUUUUACCCACUGAAUAGUGGAAGGAGGAUUUGUCUGUGUCAGAUUAGUCCUCCGUUACACACACACACACACACACACACUUCUUUGUGUAUGCAUUUGUAUAUAUUUUUUGAGACAUAUUAUCCUAAAUCAAUCUCACCCCCUGUUCCUUUAUCAAAUCUUAAAUUACAAAGAAAUUUAUUUGAAUGUCCCCUUUUCCCCUGGCCAAAAAGCAUGUUAAAAACAAAAUAAGAAAAACUGAAAAAUAUCUUUAAAUAAUCCAUACUUUUGGAUCAUUGGCUUCUAAGCAAACUGCAGAUAAAUCUACUCUUUUUAGCCGUAUUGGGUGAGUGGCAGAAGGAAUAUGCAUUUUAGGAGGUACCACCAGAGGGGAGCGAACCCUAGUGUUAGGAGUUUGUUUAUUUAUAUGAUAUAUGCAUGACAAAACCCAGAAUUCUGAAAUUGGGACCGACUCCACUUCCCUGUCCCCAGCAAACAAAGACACUGAAGAAGGUAGUAUUUAGGAUUCUGUGUUUCUCCCAUUUGGCUGCCUUACUGAAGAGAUAUUCAGAGCCAAAUUGAUGGGGAGGA